AUGUUGCUUAGUGUGCCUAUUAAGAGCACCGUGCGGCGCAAGCCACACAUCCCAAAUAAAAAAACGCCGAAAGAAACAAGUAUAACUGCUUCAUGUCCACCAACCUCUUCAACUAUCCUUUUUUCAUCUGACAAUGAUGGUAGCUUUGAUGCUUUUAUGGACCAAUCCAUAAGUAAUGUUUCGAAUUUUGAGAGUAGCUAUACCAACGCCAAACGGUUGAAAUCAGAAAGUAAUAAUAGACGGAAGAAUCGUUCUUAUAAAUUUUCGAGAAAGGAAAAUAUCAAUGAGGUAGAGGAAGAGGCGUCUCUUGGCGACAGCUCUAAGACAGAAGCAGAUAAUAUAUUUAAUGACCAGCUUAUGUCAGCUGGUCGCAGUACAUAUAUCAGUAAUAAGCGCGAUGUAAACUUCGGGGCGAAUGCAGCUGUAGAACUGCUCGGUUCGCCAACAAGUAAAAGCGAAUCUCACCGACAGUACCAUACUACUUCGGCGUCUAAAAUCAACCAAGAUGAAGAGGAUAUUGGUGUUAGUAUUUUAAUAGACGAUCCCAGCGAUAGUUGCCAAACGGCAUCGAUAAAUAAUGACAGACCUAUUACAUUCCAAUAUCCAGAAACGGAAUCAGAUAUCGAUUUUGAUGAGACAGUGAUUUUCACACCAAUGGAUGGUACGAAUAAGGAAGCGAAGAAUUCCAGACCAUUCAAAAAAAAUUCUGGUAGCGAUUUUGAGGAGCGUACACUGCUCAAUUUGGAUGAUGGCCGUUUCAGUGAAUGCAAUCAUUUUUCUACAUUAGAUGUAUCUGACAUCUCACAUCUUAACGAGAAUCUGCAUAAAAUCAAUGAAGUAGAGCUGGAUAGACCAGUUGACCACAUCCUUAGUCUAGACAACGUCGCAAUAAAUGUGAAGAAAAGGGACACGGAUUAUCUCUAUAUUAGUUCGAGGGAAGAAUUAUACGACUCUUCAUGUUCAUCGGAAGACCCGGCAAAUGAUAGUUAUGAUAGCGAUCGCAACAUUCAAGAAGUCAUUUACAGAGAUGAUGAAUCAACAGACGAGGACGAGAGCUUACCAACUCCGGAUCGAAAAAGGAAGAAAAUUGGUUCUAAAGCCUGCGAAAUAUUGGAUUCUAGGAGAGUUGGUAUAAAGGUACCAAAGUUACAUGUUUGGUCUUUGAGCGGUAAACCGUUCAGUGUUAUUGACGGGUUAUGCACAAAGUCGCUCUACCAGUUGGGUGAUGACAUUGGUACUCCUGGAAGUUUAAGCUCAGGGUCAAGUUCAGCAAAUUCACAGGGGGAGCAAAAAGAAAAUCCAACUUUUGAUAAUGAUGCUAUGAUAGCCGAUCUUCUAAACAUAGGCGGACUUGAAGUGGAGAAGGUAUCCAAUGGUCAUAAUGACCCCAUGGGUGAGGAAUUUCUUGAUAUUCCAAAGGGAUCAUUAUCGCCUUUCAGAGGAAGAAAUGAUCGUUUGCAAGAGACAGACGCACUCUAUGACCUGAAAAAUACCAGAGUACAAUAA